AUGCCAUUCCGAGAUGGAUAUUCGCAAGAAUUUCGAGAUUGCUCACUCUGUCCCGAACGUUACAUUAAUUUUCAAAUCAAGCCUUCGUGUUGUACCUCAAAGUGUACUAAAACUACUUGUGAAAUAAUUAAGUAUCUGGUGAUGAAUGUUUAUGAGAGUGAAUUAUUGGUAGAUAGACAGGCUUCAUGUUGGUUUGAUGGAUAUUAUGUAAGAUCAAUGCAUUGGUUGGCUCACUUUGGUCAAUUAUCACUUGUGAGAUUUUUGGUGAAUGAAUGUGGAUUUAAGGCACAAGUCCAAUCUGAUAUUGAUUGGGUCUCAGAUUGGUCAAUUAAUCAGGCCUUUAUUGAAAAACACUUUGAUUUGGUUAGAGAAAUGUGUAAGGGAGAUUAUUCCUUCAUGUUGAGAGAUAGGUGUGAUCAUAUUCCAGCUGGAAUGUUAUAUUCUUGUUUUGAAAUGAUCAAAAUGGAAGUAGAAAACACUUGGGAUUAUUGGCUAUUUAUUGUAGAGGAAUGUUUGAGGGGAAAGAUUACAGAUGAAAUAUUGGAUGAAGCAAUGGAGACAUGGGAUAGAAAACCGAAAGAUUUUCUGAGAGCCAAACAAGAUCUUUGUUUGAGGGAAAAUCCAAUACGAUCUCACAAACAACUUUCUGAUAUCAUAUUUGAAUUUGAACUUUGA